ACUUGGCUGAGCUCCUGGCCCCAGUCAGGUUCAGCAUGCCUUCUCGGUGUUUGUCAGGACACCUGGGUCCCUGAGGAGGGGCCCAGUCACAGUGCCUGUAGGACGUGAUGCUUGGCCAGAAGCCUGGCCCAAGAAGGGAUAAGAAACCACAACAGCCCCCCACCACCACACAGGAGACUUAAGAGAUGCAGGUUCAAUCCCUGGGUCAGGAAGAUCCCCUGGAAGAGGGCAUGGCAACCCACUCCGGUAUUCUUGCCUCGACACCCUUCUGCAGAUCCAGCCAGAGUUAAAGUCACCAUCUCUCCCCAUGAUUGAAGGAGAAAAUACCUUCUUAUCUCCAUUCCAAAUGCUCCAAGAACCUGGGCUAUUGGCCCCACCCACGGAAAUGGUACAGACGGAUCCGGAAGGUGGAUCCUGCCCCGGGAGAAAUCAGGCAGGGAUGCGGCUGUUGCUGCUGCUGCUGCUGCUGUGGGGAGCACCCCUAGCUCAGCGCCUGGAACUGCAGCAGAAUGUGACCGUGCAGGAGGGCCUGUGCGUCCUCCUACCCUGCACCCUUCCCCAUCCCUGGGUUUCCUUUGGAAAGAUCUACAUGUUUUGGUUCCGGGAAGGGGCAGAUACAAAACACGAUCCCCUGGUGGCCACGAACAAGCCGGAACAGAAGCUGCUUGAGGGGACCCAGGGGCGAUUCUCCCUCCCCGAGGAGCCCCAGGCCAGAAACUGCAGCCUGAGCAUCACGGAUGUCAACGCAGGGGACAGCGGGACAUACUUCUUUCGAGCCGAGAAACACUUCAGAAAAUUCCCAUAUCCAAACAAGAUGUUCUUUCUGAACGUGACAGCGCUCACCCACCAGCCCCACGUCCUCAGCCCCGGGGCCCUGGAGGCCGGCCGCCCCGGGAACCUGACCUGCUCUGUGCCCUGGGCCUGCGAGCAGGCCACGCCCCCCGUCUUCUCCUGGACGUCCGCUGCCCCCAGCUCCCUGGGCCCCAGGACCCCCUUCUCGUCGGUGCUCACCCUCAGCCCACGGCCCCAGGACCACGGCACCAGGCUCACCUGCCAGGUGAAGUUCCCCAGAAGCGGGGCGAUGGUGGAGCGGACCAUCCUGCUCAAUGUCACCUAUGCUCCACAGCACGUGGCCAUCAGCAUGUUCCAAGGAAACAGGACAGCCCUCAAGAUUCUGCAGAACACCUCGUCCCUUCCCGUCCAGGAGGGCCAGGUGCUGCGGCUGCUGUGUGCUGCUGACAGCAACCCCCCUGCACAGCUGAGCUGGUUCCGGGGGUCUCCCGCCCUGGAGGUCACCACCAUCUCCAGCACUGGGGUCCUGGAGCUGCCUCGUGUAGGGGCAGCAGAAGAAGAAGUGUUCACCUGCCAGGCUCAGAACCCACUGGGCUCCCAAAAUAUCUCCUUGAGCCUCUCCGUGGUCUGUAAACCACAGCCCAGGGCCGGCAAGGUCUUGGGAGCAGUCGGGGGAGCUAGCGUCACGGUCCUGCUUUCUCUCUGCCUGUAUCUCCUCUUCAGAGUGAAGACCCACAGAAAGACCCAGCCGGUGCAAAGCAUGGAUGAUACGAACCACGCCAUGGGCUCCGGCUCCAGGUUCUCCCAGACCCUGUUGCCUGGAUCUGAAUCCUUUCUCCUCCUUCCUCUCAGGAACGCCAGCCCCAGUUCUCUACAGAACCCCCUGCAGACCACCCCGCCCCCGCUGGGGCUGGCCCCAUCUCAAGAAAUGAACAAGAACCUCACUAUGCUUUCCUCCGAUUUCACAAGCCGAAGCCUCAGAAACAGGAAGGCACUCACACUGAGUACUCAGAGAUCAAGAUACACAAGUGAGGAAUUCUUUUCUCAUGGUCUGGAGCCUGGAAGUCUGAGAUCAAGGUGUCGGCAGGCUUGGUUCCCUCUGAACCCUCUCUCCUUGGCUUGGAGACAGUUGUCUUCUCCCCGUGUCCUCACACGGUCUCCCCGCUGUGUGUUUCUGUGUCCUAAUUCAUUCUUCUUAUAAGAACAGGAGUUUUCAGCCUGUAACCCUCAGCCUCCAAUCAUUUAAAAACAAAUGGCCUUCUUGGCAGUGGUCAGAAUUCCCUGGUAUGGGUGGAAGACCAUAGGACUUGUGACCAAAAGUAGUUGUUGUUCAGCUGCUAAAAUCAUGUCCAACUCUUUGCAGUCUCAUGAGCUGCAGCACACCAGGCCUACCUGGCUAUCUUCCCUAACUAUCUUCUUGAGCUUGCUCAAACUCAUGUCCACUGAGUCGUUGAUGCCGUCCAACAGUCUCAUCCUCUGUCAUCCCCUUCUCCUCCUGCCCUCAAUCUUUCUUAGCAUCAGGGUCUUUUCCACUGUGUCAGCUCUUUGCAUCAGGUGGCCAAAGUACUGGAGCUUCAGCUUCAGCAUCAGUCCUUCCAAUGAAUAUUCAGGGUUGAUUUCCUUUAGGAUUGACUGAAUUGAUCUCCUUGCUGUCCAAGGGACUCUCAAGAGUCUUCUCCAGCACCACAGUUCAAAAGCAUUAAUUCUUUGGUGCUCUGCCUUCAUUAUGUCCAAUUGUCACAUCUGUACAUGACUGCUGGGAAAACCACAGCUUUGACUAGACGGACCUCUGUCCAAUCUGCUGCCCAGGAGUGGAGGGCUGUGACCAAAAGAACUGAGUUCAGAUUCAUUUAUGUCACUCAUCGAAUGAGUCACUUUAUCCCUCUAUGCCUCACUUUACUGUUCUGUGAGCAGGAAAACCAUUCCUGUCUAGCUAGACUGUUGUGAGAGAGCAAUGAAAGUAUACACAAAAAACAGGUAAUGAGGAUCGUGACACAGAGCUUUUUGUGGACUCUGAACACAUAAACUUUUUGCUGACAACUUCUCCUAAGGCUUGGAGGGGGCCAGUCCCAGAAGUCACGGAACUGGAUAUCAGGCAAUGAUGGCUGCUCUUACAACUUCUAUUAAGCAAUAUAUUAUAGAUUCUCUCCAGUGCAAUAAAUGCAAGAAGCAGAAAUAAGAGCUAUCUGAUUCAUAAAAGAAGUAAAACAGUCCUUAUUCACAGAUGAUGUAAUAAUUGUGGGCCCAGAAAUUCUAAAGUUAUCCACAAAGAAACUGCUAAGACCAAGCAUAGAGUUUGUUUUUGUUUAGUUGCUAAGUUGUGUCCGACUGGUUUGUGUCCUGAUCGACUGUAGCCCGCCAGGCUCCUCCGUCCAUGGGAUCUCCCAGGCAAGAAGUGGGUUGCCAUUUCCUUCUUCAGGGGAUCUUAUCAACCCAGGGAUCAAACCUGCGUCUCCUGCAUUGGCAGCCAGAUUCUUUGCCACUGAACUACCUGGGAAGCCCAGACAGAGUUCAGCCAGAUGUUAAGGUACUUAUUCAAAUUGCAAAGUUCCUUUGUAAUUCUACGUAUUGGCCAAAGGCAAUUAGAAAUUGAAUAUUUUUUAAAGAUGCAGUUUACAGUUACAUGAAAUGUAAAAUGAAUUGAAAUGUAUGUAAGUCCUGUAUAUUGAGCACAUUAAAAUAUUGCUUAAAGAAAUGAAAGAAGACCUAAAUAAAUGGAGCUAUGUUGGAAGACUCAAUAUUGCUAGGAGAUCAGAUGGAUAAAUUCAGUGCAAUCUCAAAUUCUGAGUGAGAGCUUUGGUAGAACUUGAUGCGUUGGAUUCUAAAUUGUACAUGGAAUAUAUUGCAUCAUAGGUCACAAGAGCUGGGAUGGAGCUUAACACGAUUUUACACAAUCCUCUCAUUUGUAGGUGCCCUUGGUAUUACAAAGUCCCAGGCCCUAGAAAGGGGACCACAGAUACUUUCAGUAUUGAAGAGGAAUGCUUUAGUGUGUUCUUCAGACCCAGCAUACUUUUGUGAGGAUUGAAUGAGAUGUCUUUCAUUCUAUUUUCACUCUUUGCAUUGUAGUUAAGAAGAGCAGUUCAUGGAAAGGAGUACAGGUGGCUUGGGGAGAAGGGAAUAGAGAAGCAUCUUGGAAAAUGGCAGAGGGGAUAAAAAGACUCGGUAUCUAAGGAAAUGAUUGUGCAUUAUAAACUCAAGAGAAGACAAAGCAACAUGUCUCAGAAAAAUAAAGAAAGCAAACAAUGGGAAUGUCCUAAGACAUUGUGAAAACCGACAAUAAGCCCAUUUAAUGAGCCUCCUCUCCAAUGCCUGUCCUACUUUCCCAUCACUU